AUGGGAUAUAUUGGUCAACAUUAUACCUGGUGUAAUCACAGGAAGGAUGGGGCUACUAUUUGGAAAAGGUUUGAUAGAGGUAUGACUAAUGACAAAUGGUUAGAAAAGAUGCCUUAUACUAAUAUAACUCAUCUUCCAUCAGUAGGAUCAGAUCACUGUCCUUUACUGAUGGAAAUGAGGGAUAAGGAUGAUCAUAUUAUCAAGUACUUUAAAUGUCUCAAUUGUUGGAUUGAGAAUGAGUCUUUCUUAUCUACUGUGGAACAAUGUUGGAAAAAGGAUAUUACUGGAAAUCCUAUGUGGAUUUUACAUUCAAAAUUGAAAAGGUUAACUACAACCUUAAGAGAGUGGUCAAAACAGGAAUAUGGAGAUGUUUUUGAAAAAGUAAAGCAUUAUGAGGAGGUUGUGAAAAAAGCUGAGGAAGAUUUGAUUAUGGACAAUAGUAAUGAGAAUAGGGGGAAGUUGAAGAAUGCUAAUGCUCAUUAUAUUAGAUAUUUGAAACUUGAAUACAAUAUUCUUCAACAAAAAACUCAAUUGCAUUGGUUAAAAGAAGGAGAUGCAAAUUCUAAGUACUUUCAUGCUGUGAUUAGAGGAAAAAGAAAAAGAAUGUCUAUUCACAAAAUUAUGAAGGAUAAUGGGAAUUGGAUUGAAGGUGAAGAGUAUAUUGCCAGAGAAGCUUGUGAAUAUUAUGAGAAAAUAUUUACUGGCAAGAAAUGA